AUGAAGCUGUCGCCAAAGACUGCUGCGCGUGUGCAGGCAGUGGCUACUUUGGGCCCCGAUGUCACCAAAACCACGCUGGCAGAGCAUGAGAAGGCAUUGUCGUCUGCAGAGGCUUCGGUGAUGAAGGCGUUGCAGCUGCUCAACAAACUGAGCGCAGAGCUGGAAGCCCAGCGUGAGAAGGACGCUGCAAAGGAGUCUCGAGCUUGUGAGAUCCGUGCCCGUCGCACCAAAGAUAUGGAAAAGGUCAAGAAAGCUGCACGACAGCAAGGCAAGCAUGAGGCUGAUCAGGCCUGGAGCUUGCUGGUAGAUUGGAAUAAUCACUUGAGUCAUCGAGUCAACUGGCAUGUUGAAGAGUGGAGCGGGAGCGUGUGGCAGCUGGCAGGGUGUCGGAAUGAUGUGAUGCUGGCCCAAGCUGUGGAAUGCCCAGGGUUGCUACCGGAAUCAGAGGAGCUGCUUCAGGCGAAGUGGAAUGCGUGCAAACCUUUGUGGUUCAGGCAUCCGGUGGAUGAGUUGGCGGAUCGUCUCAAAGGUGCAUUGGCAAGCCAGCCAGACAAGACAGUAGGCAAUCAGGUUUGCUUUCAGCGGAAGGUGCCGCUGCAGGCUCAGGAUGUGCCGCUGGAUCUUCACGAACUCUUUCCAAUGAUUGGUCCUUUGGCCGAAGACCUGUUCAGUGGAGAAGAGCGGCUGGCAUUGGCGUUCUUGCAGCUCCACAAGCAGGACAUGGCCGUUUUGCGGGGGUACAUGCAGCUGAGGAGGAUGGAUGCGGGGCCUGUUUGGUCAUCCGUCAGCGUCGGCGACAUGAACUUCGGACGUUUCAUGUAUGUCUACAGCGGUCGCAUGUUCGUGGCGAUGCUACCCUUCGACGUUUUCGACAAGGCUGUCCUGGAGGGUGAGACGCUGGGGCAGGUGGCGACAAGAAUGGGCAACUACUCCAUCCACGAGGUGCUCGAGCUUGGCGGGUCCUACGUGUUGCUCGAAGAAGGGGACGGAUGUCAUUGCCCGCCAGGAUAUUUGACCUUCCAGUGCACCUGGGGGUACAUGUACAACGCAGACCCUGCGACCACGGACGAGGACAGCGGCAGCUCUUGCUCGAAGAAGCUGUCCUAUCUUUCGAUCAUCACGCUGCCGCAGGGGCUCUUCCGGAAUGAGCCUCAGCUUCAGCUUGCCAGGCGGAGGAUGGCGCUGUGCCGCGAUUCAUGCAAGACUCCAGAUCAAGUGAAGCUCAGACAGAUGGGGGAUGCUGGGUUAGAGCUCGUUGGCUACCUGCUGCCGGGGAUCGAACUCGAAGUCAAGCCGGAACCAGCAGGAUCGCCCGCGCUUCGACUUGCCCCUGAUCAUGAUCAUGAUGCUAUUUCCAUUGUCGAAGCGGGCGGCGAUCAGGGUGCGGAGGAAAUCAGCGGCGAAAAUGCGGAGUCGAAGCAUCCAGCAGCCGAUGCCACAGCACAGGAAAGCAGCGGCGCGGAGCCGAAGCAGUCAGCAGCCGAGCGCGAAGCACAGGAAAUCAGCGGCGAAGAUGCGGAGCCCAAGCAUUCAGCAGCCGUUCCCGAUGUCCAUGCCCAGGAAGCAGAAGCAGAUGCGACACUUUGGGCCCAGUUGGAGACUCAGCAGAAGGGGCUCCCGCCGAAAGUGCGAAUCGACUACGAUGACGUGCCGGCAGACUUGCAUGGCUUCUUGGCGCAGGAUGAAGCGGACGUUGAGUAUGAGUUGGGCCGCGCGAGGGCACACCCAAAAUUCGAGGAGCACCUGUCAUAUAUCAAGACCGAAUUGGACGUGGACGAUGAUUAUGAGUUUGGCAGUGAUGAUUGCAUCGCCGACCUUGAGUUUUGGUUCGAGUGGCUCCAGAACCAGAAGAAGGAUGCCGCGAAGCAUAAGCGCGAGGAGUCGCUCAUGCCUGUGAUCCCAGUUCCGAAGCCUACUUCCAUUGAGAUGCCCGACCAGUCUGAGCCAGAUGAGGCGUCAAAGGCGCUGGCCCAGCUGAAGCAGAUGCAAGAGAGCUCACGAAAGCGGGCAGAGGCAGCGGCUGCCAAGGGCAAGCCUAAGGCAUCUGCCAAGCAUCCGAAAUCGCCGAAACCUGCGAAUCCGAAGGCCAAGUCGAAUCAGACGAAAGGAAAGAGCAAUCGAGGCAACAAGUGA